AUGGCCAACGUUCCCGGGCCCGAGGGCGACGACCCCGAUUCCCAAGCCAGGCAGACCCGCGAGCGGUUGCAGGUCGCCGUUGAUGCCAAGGAUCUUAUGGAGAGCGCGGGCCUGUCGGUCCCCGAAGUCAGCGUCGGCGGCGCCCAUUGCUACACUGCGGUCAGAGAUCUCCCCGGGAUAACCGAGGUUCGCGCCGGACGCUAUCCCCUCAUGGACGUACGCCUGCAGUCCCACCUUCCCGAUCUGUCGCUGGCAGCAAUGGUACUGGCCACCGUUAUUAGCCAUCCGGUGCCUGAAAUCGCCGUGCUUGACUCGGGGCACAAGGCCACCGGCCCGGACAACGGCCGCCCGGUCCUCCAGGGCGUGGAGGGCGGCUUCGCUGCCCGCUUCAGCGCAGAGCACGGUAUCGUGGAACUCGAGAGUGGGGCGGAAGGCGCGUUGGCGCCCGGCGAAGUGGCUCGACUGGCCCCGUGGGAGUUGGCAUCCACUAUAAACCAGUACGACUUCAUCCGCGCCGUGCGAAAUGGCAGGCUGGAGGGCUACUGGCCCUUAUCCGCCCGCGGCCGGUUUGCCUCUAAAAGCAAUUCAUAA